AGUUGGGGUAUUCACCAGUCUGAUCACUGGGCUCCCAGCCUCAGGUUCUAAUCAGGAGCUCUCCUAAGAUGUCAAGGAACCAGUGGAAAGCUGAGGCUGAUGUGAGCUACCACACUCAGCUGAUAUGGCUGUAUCUUCUGAAGGUAGAAUGAGCCCACAGAAUGAUGUUUUUAAAAUACAGCUCUGGGAGUUGAGAAAGGUAUCAAGUACUGUAGCUCCAGGGUUUGGAUGACAUGUAUAGAAGGAGUGAGUCAAUGCAGCUGAGCAUGCCCCAGACUAUGAACCCAGAACUCAAAGCCUUAUCCAUCACUGGAAUGAUUGAAAAUUACAACCACUUCCAAGAGAAAUGGAGUCAGACAUCUCACAAGCCUUCCAGAAAGAACUCACCUGCUUCAUCUGCCUGAGCUGCCUGACAGACCCAGUCACCAUAAGCUGUGGCCACAGCUUCUGUCGAGCCUGCCUCCUCCUUUCCUGGGAAGACAUCCAACCUCCUGUCCAAUGUCCUAUGUGUAGGGAACCAUCACAGAAGGACUUGAGAACCAACAUUGUUCUGAAGAAGCUGGUGUCCAUUACCAGACAAGCCAGCCUCAUGAAGGACCUGAGCUCUGAGGAGCAAAAGUGUGUGACCCACAAGGAUACUAAGAGGAUCUUCUGUGCUGAGAAGAGGAUCUUCCUCUGCCAACUCUGCUCUAACUCCCACGAGCACAGAGGACACAGACACUGUCCCAUUGAAGCAGCGGCUGAGGAGCAAAUGGAAAGAAUUUUGAAGCAAAUGGCAUCUUUAUGGAAGAAGGUCCAAGAAAAUCAAGAGAAUUUAGAGGCAGAAAACAGAAUGAGAACUCUUUGGACGGACUACUUGACUUUUCGGGAAGAAAUGAUCAGGACAGAGUAUAGGAAACUACAUCCACUCCUCUGUGAAGAGGAAGAGAAACAUAUUGAGUCUAUGAGACAUGAAGGCCAAUGUGUUUUAGAGAAACUCAGGACAAGUGAAGCUACGAUGGUCCAAAAUAGAAAACAACUAAGAGAAACUUAUCAGGAGCUGAUGGCAAUGUCCCAGGAGCCAUAUGUGGUCUUGCUGCAGGGUUUGGACGACAUGUUCAGAAGGAGUGAGUCAAUGCAGCUGAGCAUGCCGCAGGCUAUUAAGCCAGAACUCAAUGCACUACCCAUCACUGGACUGACUGAAAGUUACAGGAAGUUCCAAGUGCACAUUUCAUUUUCAAACAUAACCAUUAUCCAUCACAAGAUUAACAUCUUUAAUGCCAUGAGAAGAUUCAGCUUCAGACAUCACCAUAAAGAUACAACUGUGGAUUCUGCUGGAUGCUAUUUUGCUUCCUGGAGAUUACAGAACUUCAUCUUAGGGAAAUAUUACUGGGAGAUUGAUUUGAAGGACUCUAGGGACUGGGCUGUAGGGGUCUGUAAGGAUUCCUUGUUAAGGGAUAGAAACCAGGUGAUGGAACCUGAAGGUGCAUUUCUUCUUGUCUGUGUGAAGGAGGGUAAUCAUUACAGUCUCUUCACCACAUGCCCAGUAUUCCAGCACUAUAUAGAGAAGCCACUGGGCCAAGUUGGUGUGUUCCUUGAUUGUGAAGAGGGAUGUUUAAGUUUCAUUAAUAUUGCCAAGUGUUCCCUCAUACACAAGUACCCUCCUGGCACCUUGAAAAACCCUGUCUGGCCUUACUUCUCCACGGGGGAAAUCUGCAAUCCAGUACCAUAGUGAUUUUUAAGUACUCCCUACUGUAAUGUUACUUUUGUUAUUGCUAUUAAAUAUUAAAAACUAUUAAAUGAAAUUCUGUAGUCCACAUAUUCCACAAAGUAUCCUUAGUUUCAUAGUGAUUUUUGUUUUUAUGUUUUUGCAUACUUGAUGUUAAGUAAUUAUGCUAAGAUACUAAGAGAGUAAGUAGUCUUAGAGACUCAGGCUCUAGUUGGCUGUUAAAGCCCCCUUUAAAUGU